ACACAAGAACCAUUAGUGUAGAAUCACAACAAAAAUGUCACAGCCAUCAAAACAAGAACACACAUGAAUCAACAACCAACAUUUUAAAGUGAGGCUUAAUCUGACAAAAUAUUAUAUUACAAACUGAAGCUCAACUUAAAUUCUGAACUGGUCAUGUGACUGACUGCCUGGUAGCUGCUCUGACCUGGUGGUGGUAGACUGGGACCUUGUGAAGUCUGACCACACUGACUAGCCUCAGGUAGGGAGCCGCUCUGGGGUCCGGUGGUGAUGCAAGGGCUGGGGUCUGUUUGUGCUUCUUUAAAAAGAAGUCUGAUAUCUCUCCCUUUCUUUUCAUGAUUAAUUGACCCUAUGCAAAAAUAAGACGGUCUCUGGUUACAUCUAAGCAUCCAAUGACCCACAUUUUAGUCCAAUCUCAACCUUAAUUACAAAUCCCCAUUGUCAUGACUGUACCUUAAAAUCAACUAUUAGCCUAAGUUACUAUUAGAUAAUGACUAGCCCUACUCUGCAGUAAGUAACUUAGCUAGCUAUAAUUUCUUACACCUUGAUGAUAGCAAACGGGCUAUCUACAAACUGUGGUAAUCGUUUGAGUAACAUUAACAGAUUGAUAGUAACAAUUGUUUGUUUUGAGUUCAAGUACGAAAAUCUGAGUUAAUGGAUUUCAAAUUGCUGAACGUUAACUUGCUGAACACUGACAGCUGUAGCCUACUAGUUACCCCACAUUAGCGCAACAUUCAUAUACUGUCAUUUACGACACUGCACUGUAUAUGCGUGUAUUACUAGCACAGAUGUAAACUAUGUUAGGCUAAAUUGGGAACCGAUCUCUUAUCUGAUUAACUCGUUUAACUUUAGGCCUUUGGCUCCAGACAGUUAAUUUAGUGACUCAACUUUCGUAAAAGUUGUUAAGGAAACCUAAAUGCGAAAUCUUAACUUACUUCAAAUAUGCUUUCGCCAAUCGCGAAAGGAGCUUGUGGAGCUGUGGAAAUAUUAUCUUUGUUACGCUCGCCCCUAUGAAGAGGGAACGCAACACCCUACUACAACUCAAUGUGAAGUGACAGAGGUAUGGACUGUAGAUGUGAGUAAGGAUGACAAGACAAUUGACCGUUUACUAGGAAUUUAUUCCUUCACACGGUAAUAUGGGGAAAAGGCUGGACGGAACCAAAGCAAAGAAAGUAAAUAUCAAAGCCCCCUCUCCGAUCUAACCUGCUUACCCACUACUUACCUAACUUAGCACCACCUGGUGCACUAACCAAAAUACAGGGGAUGGUCCGCCCAGGUCUUACCUAGUGUGCCUAGAUAGUGAAUAUUGUAGCGACCCACACAGACAGCUGUGUGUUGUGUUAGGCUAGUAGGUGGUUGUGUUGUACUUACCAGUACCUAGUGUUCGCGGAGUCCGACAUGCCAAUCACAGGAAUGCCUGGAAUGUUCUGAUGCCGGGCAUCCUGGCGGAGUGGCGUGGAGGGGGGUUGGGCAGGGGGAUGGAGCAUUGGAAGUUAAGACCAGGUUUAGCCUUUGUUCUCUCUCUUACGUCUGGGCUUCACAAGAAGGGCACGGUUGGCUUGUGGGGUAUCUUUAAUUUAUUUGGCGUGGGCUACGGCCAAACAGUAGCCUGUGUAAAGUUGGGUUAAUUAACUGUCAAUUCUUAAACUCAACCCUGUGUCUGGACAAUUGUUCCUUUAUGAUCUAGUCAGGUCAUUACAAUAUAUUACAGGUAUAUGUAUGCCCGCGGGCCUAAGCACUCCCUAGGUGCCUUCCCCUUCCCCCCUGGGAACAAAUGAAAGAAUAUUACAAACCACUUCACAACAAAACUGGAAAAAAACUAACUCAGGACAUUAAAGAAGCUCUCUGAGAAACAAACUAACACAGGACAUACCAAAUCUCUUAGCAACAACCCAACAUGAUAUAAGCAUCAGCCUCCUCGCUCUCAGCAAAAAAAUAAUAAUCUCUCUCCUGAACAACAGAACACUGACUUUUAUAACUGGAGAAGGAGUCUAGUUGGAUUCAGCUGUAACUUGACAAGGGGGCGGGGUCAGCGCCAAUUAGCCGUGGAGUCGACCAAUCAGCUGCUUGGGAGAUUUCAGGAAGCCAUCUCCUAAAACACACACUCAAAUACACAAACUACAACACAGAAUCUGGGGAACGGAACAUUCUUCUAUAUGUUCUUCUUCUUCUGUAUCUAGCAACCAACAUCUUCCUCGAUUUGAAAAAUGUGCCGCCGAAAGUCAAAAUAAAUGCUUUUUUCAACAAGAGGUGAAAUGAGAUGUCAAUCAGCAUUAAACUGCCAGUAGCGAAUGACAUUUUUGGGACACCCCUCUGGUUCCGUCCCUGGACCUUAUUGAACCUCAGAUUGUUGUUCUUUACAUAGUCAUUUUUCCAUGUCCGAUCCCUCACUGUCCUGGAGAUGAAUCUCAUAAUCACUGGACGCGGUGGAUCUCCCCAUCUCUCAGCCUACCCCGGCUGUCACGGAUCCCUCUGGAACUUUCAUUGCGAACCACCAUAAGUGUACCCCCUAUUCCCACUGAUUGUAUUUGUAUAAGUGUGCCCCCUAUUCCCACUGAUUGUAUUUGUAUAAGUGUGCCCUUUAUUCAACAUGUUGGGGUUGAUUAUUCUUACAAUGUCCGUUGGUGCGUGUGAGUACCUGUGCUGUGUGUUUUGGGCUUUCGUGCCAUUGUGGAUUGCCAGAUGGUUACGGGUCUCGUCCCGUGUGACAAUCGUUGUGCGUGUGUGUAUUAAUUCAAGGUACUCCUCGCUCUUUUGUUUGGGUUUCAACCCUGUGUUUUUGUUACGUGUUUGUUUGGUCUUUGUCCCCGUGCUUUUACACCGCACGGUGUAAUUUGGGCUAAAUAAAAAAACAGAUUACGCAUUCCUGCUUCUAUCUCCCGAAUCAUUCAUGCCAACGUGACACAGGCGGUGCACCACAUCCAGAGAACCUGCAACAACAUUUUGCUCAUUCCCCUGACUAUUGUCCUGCAAAUGUCCUUCACUUUUGCUUUGAUGUUCUCCUCAGCUCUUUCUGCGAUUCCGUAAAUUCGACGAUUCCAUCUCCGACCCUACCGGUCAGUCUCGUUAACCAUUUACUCAUUUUCAGUGAGUUUCUUCUCUUGCUUUGUAACCUGAGUUUUCAAUGUUGCGUUCUGCUGCUUCAGAUUUUUUACUUCCUCAGAAUUAAAAUCAAUCGCUUUCUUCAGGUUAAUGAUGCUGACAGUGUUCUUUCACCAAGUCCUUGUUGUCAUCUGCGCUCUCUGAUUUUAGCAGCGAGGAUACGGAUGAUGUUGUCCUGUAGCUGGCUCAGUGAUGGUUCGCUUCUCAGCCUCUUUGGAAGUUGCUCCCAGGUUGGGCUAUUCGGGUAUGACUGCAAGCAUAUGAAUGAGUUUCAGCAAAAGCUAUUUCCUCCUUGGAAGUCUCAACAUCCAAUAUCUCCCUUUACAGUUUGGUUGUGAUCUUAAUCCAUACUGCUAGCAAUGCAGGUGUUAGCGAUGGCUUGAUUAAUGACAAAAUUAUUCAAAAUAGCUACAUUGUAUAGGUAUAUAAUUUUGUUUGUUGCAACUGCAGCCUAAAAUGAUUAAUGUGAGAACCGCUAUUGUUCCUCAGCUAUAAAUGUUACCUCUCAUGCUGCCAUCAACGUGUUGAGUUUGUCAUGACGUAUACAGAUAUAUGCAAACAACGUCCGUUAUUGACCGAAGAGAGGAGGCUGGGCUUGGUGAACUUUUCUCUCUUGGCAGUGUCACUUGAGCGAGUAUCGAGACAUACAUACCAUACCGGCUCUUCGAUUUUCAACUUUUUGAACAAGCCGUCAGAUCUGGAUUAAAAUCCUUAUUUUGAUCAUGAGGCUGUGUGUUGCUGGGACUUGAAAGGAGCUGAUCCUCCAGUGGCAGACAGAAUGAUGCUGCCCACUCCCUGUUACUCAACCACAGCUACUAACAGUAGGCGUGUCCCCCAGCUGAUCUGCUGCCAUAGAGAGUUCCAGAACACUCCAGAGGAGGACGACGAAACCUCUACCCCCUGCUCUGACCUCCGCCCCGACCUCCACCCCGACGACCCCAGCUCCAUGGCUGGCUCCGCCCUCAGCAGUCGGAGGGCGGGGCCCAGCUACACGCCAUAUCAGCCUCCUGUAGGCCUCCCAGUCGGGUACAGCCAGCCUACCCCGUUCCCCAGCCAGGCUGAUGGCUCCUGGCUUCAACCCAGCUACACCAGUGCCUGGUCUGGUCCUGGACCUGCUUACCCCAGCAGCCUGCCCUCCUGCCUCACCCCUCCGAACUACCCCAGCUACCCAGGGGAGAGCUGCUACUCCCGGGGAAGGUCCCGGUCCCUCACCCCCCUGCCGGGCCGUGACAGCCCUAGUAUGACCAGCCUGGAGCAGCCACACUCCCUUCACUCCAUCCCCCUCUCAGCAGGCUCCUACCACCACUCUCUGACUCCAUACACCUGCUGUGCCCAGUGCCCUGUGGAGGGCUUCAACAUGGGCCCCUACCACAGCCCUCGGCCCAUCGCUGGUUACCGCCUACCCUCCAGGCCCAUGUAUAACUACAGACUGCCAGGUGCAGGCGACGUGCAAAGUGGCCACAUGAGUCCCCAUCCUAACCCCUGCAGUGCCUCACUCUCUGUGGAACAACCCUGCAGUGCCCCGCUCUCUGUGGAACAAAGAAGGGUGUUUGUGACGUACGAAGCCGACAGCGAUAAACACGUCAAACAGAUCAUCAACUUUGUGGCGUUGCUGAGACACAAUGGCUUCGAUACACACAUCGAUAUGUUUGAGCAGCAGUUCCGGAGCAUCAGUAAGAUCGACUUCAUGGAGCGGUACCUCAGCGAGAAGGAAUACCUCAUUAUCAUCAUCAUCAGUCCAAAGUACCAUGAGACUGUGACCUCAUCACCGGUCAGCUUAGAGAACGACGAGAGGAUCCUCAACACAGUCUACAUACACAAACAGCUGCAGAAUGAGUUCAUUCAGAACGGCAGUAAGAACUUCCGGUUCAUCCCUAUCCUGUUCCCUGGGGCUAGAAAGUGUCACGUCCCUACAUGGCUCCAGAACACUCAUGUCUACAGCUGGCCUAGGGACAGAGAUGACGUCCUACGUCGCCUAAUGAGAAUAGAGAAAUACAACCCUCCUCCUAUUGGGAAGUUACCGACCAUCGUCUCUAUCCCCAUCUAACAGCACAGCGCCCCCGCUGGACUGGAGGACCGACAGCCGAUUUAAACCAUAAGGCUUCAGCCACACAAAGACCCAUAAAUAUGGAUUAAAUCAUAGUGUCUGUUUUUGUCUUGUCGUAAAUUAAACUCAAGUCAACUAUUUUCGGACAAGUUGCAUCCAUAAAAAGACAGACAAGUUGUAGAUGUUCUUUGAGACCAUCUCUGUGGUCCUUCAGUCAAUCUGUAAUUUUCAGACACAAAAUCUCUGUUUGGCAGUGACCUAACAUUCAGAAUGGACCUCUGCUCUGAAGAAAUCCUCACCCUCCAGAUUAUAACCUGUUGCUGAUCUGGGACCAGUGAAAUACUUUACCUGGAUCUUUAUAGGAUUCAACCGGAGACAGAUCUUCUAUGAUUUGUUGUAAACAACUGUUUUAUCUGCUAUGAUCUGUUAACAACUGUUUUUUCUGCUAUGAUCUGUUAACAACUGUUUUAUCUGCUGUUUUAUUUGCUGUGUUGAUCUACAGUCCUACUGUUUUAUCUGCUGUGUUGAUCUACAGUCCUACUGUUUUAUCUGCUGUGUUGAUCUACAGUCCUACUGUUUUAUCUGCUGUGUUGAUCUACAGUCCUACUGUUUUAUCUGCUGUGUUGAUCUACAGUCCUACUGUUUUAUCUGCUGUGUUGAUCUACAGUCCUACUGUUUUAUCUGCUGUGUUGAUCUACAGUCCUACUGUUUUAUUUGCUGUGUUGAUCUACAGUCCUAGAAUACACAGAAGGACUGAACAUAUGAGGCACAGACCUCAAUCGUCUCUGCUUCAGUCACGGCAGCUUGUGACUGUCUCUGCCUUUUCAGCUGGAUGUGUUUUAACUGUUCUGUGAACUGACUGUUGUCCUGGAACACUGUGUGAUAACUUACAGUUGAAGUCGGACGUUUCCAUACAUUAUAGCCAAAUACAUUUAUACUCCGUUUUUCACAAUUCCUGACAUUAAAUCCUCAUAAAUAUUCCCUGUCUUAGGUCAGUUAGGA